AUGUCAGCAGUGGGACUUCCAGAAGAUCUAUUAUGCUACUUUCAAGCUAGACCACCUCUGCCUUAUAUACCAAAUGUCAAAACAAAACCACAUAGAAAGUACGAAGGUAUAGCAGAUUUAAUACACAAUAUAGAAGGUAUAUUUGACAAGGGAUUACCCCCUAUUAUAAUUCCAUUUGAGAGUCCACGUGAAAAGCGUGAAAAGUUGCGUGCAAUAAAAUUAGCUACUUAUAACGAGGAACUACAGAUAAAAAUAAGGGAAUAUGACCCAAGAAAUACCUCCUCAGAUAUGACUGAUGAUCCAUAUAAUACUUUAUUUGUUGGUAGACUAAGUUAUGAUACAACAGAAAGAACCUUGCGUAAGGAAUUUGAGACUUAUGGUCCAAUUAAAAAAAUAUGUUUGAUAACAGACUUAAAUGGUCAAUCUAAAGGCUAUGCGUUUAUUGAAUAUGAAUCAGAGUCAUCUCUUAAAGAGGCUUAUAGAUACUCUAACAAAGUUAUUGAUGGCAGGAAAGUCAUUGUAGAUGUUGAAAGAGGUAGAACCGUUGAAAAUUGGCUACCCAGAAGACUCGGUGGAGGUAAGGGGCCACCACGUGGCUCUGAAACCUGGGCAAAGUCUAAAAAAAAUUCAAUAUCUAGACAGUCUAAUCAAUCGUAUUGUGCUCCAUAUAGAAACUCAGAUUCUUAUUUAAGAGAACAAAGGCCACAUGGAGGAUAUAGGAAUCGAUAUAAAGCAAACUCAAGGCCUGGCAGAAGUGAUAAACAAAAAUAUUCUGAUCAAUAUCAACAUUCAUAUAAUAAUAGAGGGCAUUUUCGUGGUCAUUCCACACGUGAUAGAUAUCCUAGAGGGUCUUCUUCAUAUAGACAAAGUGUAGUUCCGUACUAG